AUGUGUUUAGUUGGUGGUGGUGGGUGCUUUUUGAUGGAUCUCAGGCAUUUUAGAAGUGAAUUUUUGCCCACAACAGUAAACCCAUUUUCAACAUACCUUCAAUUUUCACCUCUUACACCUUUCAACAAAACCCCAAACGUAAAAUUCCAAUCACACAAACGGUUUGAAGUUGUGUCAUUAUCCCAAAGCCCUAAACCAGUUAGUGAAUCCUUAAUCUUGGGGCGGAAUUCACCUGGCACAGGAAGGGACCUCAGGUCUUAUGCUGGUCGCAGCAAGAAGUCUGGUGGUGCUGGCUCCUCUGGUGGUCGAAUUGAAGGCAGUGCUGAGUUCCGCAAUCGGUUGAGGCGCAAUGCUAGGGCAAGAACCAAGAAGUAUGCUGAGUCUCUAUUCUACCGGCUGAAAAAUCCUCAUGGUGCUGGGAAGUAUGCUGAUAACUUCACUGAGGAUGAGCUCCAACAAAUUGGCCUCGGGUAUGAUCGAAUGGUCCGGUUUAUGGAGAAGGAUGACCCAAAUUUGCGUCAUCCUUAUGAUUGGUAUAAGUAUGGUCAAUAUGGACCCUACUCUUGGCGUGGAGUUGUUGUGGGCGAUCCAGUUCGGGGAGGGAUCACUGAUGAGUGUGUGACAUUAAUCAGUGAAGUGAAGGACAUUGAGGAAUGGGAGAAGAUUGAACAAGCUGAAAUGGCUGAAGAUUUUGGAGAAAAAGUGAAGCAGCUGGAUCAAAGUAAAUUAAGGUAUUUUUGGGUAUUUGUAAGGCACCCAAGGUGGAGACUUUCAGAGCUUCCCUGGCAGCAAUGGACGUUAGUUUGUGAAGUAGUACUUGAAGCAGGUAAACAGAGAUUAGAUAAGUGGAAUUUGAUGGGUAGACUUGGGAACAAGGCUAGGUCAUCGAUAGGGCAAUGUGCUGCAUGGAUGAGACCUGAUAUUAUAUAUGUGAAGAAGCCAGUGUUCCAGUGUAGGUUUGAGCCACAGGAUGACUUUUUCAAGCCAAUAAUUCCGUUUCUUAAUCCUCAUACAGAACAGGAUUUUCUUUUUGAGUUAGAGAAUGAUGAUGGUAGUGUUGAAUUGUGUACUUACUAUGGCGGAUUGUGUAAGAUUGUGAAGGUAAAUCAAAAGGCAUUUGUCGAUGAUGUGGUGAAUGCAUUUGAGAAAUUGAGUGAUGAGAAAAAGUCAAAAUGUUUGGAGUUUCUGUUGAAAAACCAUCCAGUGGAGUUGUUACAUCCAUAUACGAAAGAGUGGAAGGCUAAGUUGGAAGAGAUGGAGCUGGGUUGUGAUGCUCCUGAUGAAGAAGACGAUGCUGUUGUGGAUGACCCUGAUGAUAUUGAGAUUCUAGAUUGGAUUGAGGAUGAAGGUAGUGAUGAUGAUGCUAAUGAUGAGGAGGAAGAGGAAGAGGAAGAGGGAGAGGAGUUUAUUGAUAAUGUCGUUCAUGAUGUUGGUCUUGAUGAAAAUCAAGAUCUAUUGAUGAACAUGGAAGAAGGCGAAGAGGGUAAAUUUGAGGCCAUGGAAGAGGAUGAGACGGACUUCAAUUGGAAUGAGGAAUUAGAAAAAGCAUUGAGUAGUGGAGAAGCAAUGGAAAAUCUGGCAAAGAAGGCUCUUGAAACCAGUAAGAAAUUGGAAAAGAAGCAAUCAAAGAUGAACAAAAUAGAAGAAACAGCACAGUCAGUUGAUGGAGAUGAAACUGCCUUGAGAGGCAAGCGAGCAAAGGUGAGUCCAGAAGAGUGGAAGCAUAUUGGGGUUGGAAAGUGGAGAAAAAAGAUUAAGAAGAGCAGAAUUCCUCCAGAGCUAUUUUUGCGGGCUGUUGUUAGACCUUUCACUUACAGAAAUCUUGUGAAAGAGAUUGUUUUAACCAGGCAUGCAAUUUUGGAUGGUGAAAUUGGUGCACAAGGUUAA